AUGGCAUUGUAUAAAGAUCAUCCGCUACACCAUACAGAUUCUAUUCGGUUAUUAACAGUACAUGCUGACAAUACAGCUGGCGACAUCAACGUGAGCAUAAGGACUGCUCGGCUUUCCGCCAAACCGAGCUUCACCGCCUUGUCCUAUACCUGGGGUAGCCCAGUGGAUGAGCGACAUCCCUCUUAUAGGAAGUAUGACAUGUUAAAAUAUCACAUCUCUUGCGCUGGUGAGCGUAUUGCUAUCUACCAGAAUUUGUUUGAAGCCUUAGUGCAGUUGCGUGAGACGCAAGAGCAGUCCCCACUUUGGGUAGAUGCUAUCUGUAUUGACCAGAGGAACGAUGAAGAGCGAAACCACCAACUCCUACUUAUGCCUUCAAUUUAUCACCAGGCAUCAUGGGUAGUCAUUUGGCUUGGUAGGAGUGAUGCGGCCAACAACGGCGCUAUUCAGACCUUGAAUAGAUUGCAAGAUAGGAUACUACUUGCGAGCUUGUCUGUCAAUGAUGACUCUGCUUGUCACACGGGACGGGGCGGUCCGAGAGCCAUUGAGUCCCUCUUGAUAUGGGUUACACAGGAUAACCACAAAGGCGUUGGUUACACAACAACAUCACGAGGUCAGAAUUAG